CAUUUUGUUACUGCUAUUGGAUUGGCCUUGUUCUUUAGUCGUCAGAAGUUGCAUGAAAUAUGUAUUUACUCAAGUAGUAUUGUAUUAAUGCACAAUGCCAAUUAAGUAUGUUCAUAAGACAACUCUAGAUGGAGUCAUCUGUUGAUGAUGUUGUUUCACAGCUGACUUUAAUUGCAGGACUGCAAACCUGGGCAUGUUAACGGUUCAUUAAAAUAUUGAGUUUUUCUGUUUUUCUUGUAUUUAGCUUAAUUCACUUUGUAGUGCUGCAUAUGGUUAACUGUACUAUGAAGUGGUAUCAACCCAGAGAAAUGACAGUAGAUAAUGAAAACAAUAGGAGAAAGAACAUUAAUGCAGCUCGCUUUUUCCCACACACCCACAAAUUAUAUGGAACACUGGCACUUUAACCCUAGUUAGCAUGCUAAUUGCAUUAACAUGCUCGCAAUAGUACACUUCUAACAGAAUAAUUAACAAAGUCAGCUUAAUUCGUGGUGUAAGGACACUGGCUUUGAGACCAUGCCAAGACCACUCAUCCCAAAUUAGAGACAUUGAUUCUUGAGCACAAAGCACAGUGAAGAGGAACAGACACAGAUAAUUAACAGCACUCUUUAAAAAAACCAGUGUGCAUUUCUAGAAUGUCACAGUUUAUCAGCAUCAAACCAAAUACGAACAGAUAUACAAUAGCUGCUAUAUGAUAUUUACCCACCAGAAUUGUGUAUUAGUACUUUCAAAAUAGAAAUAAGAAAUGGCUACAGCCAUUGAAAUCCAUAUAAUCAAUAUUUUGCAACACAACUCUUCUGAAUAAAACAAACCAGGCUAAGGUGUUUAACUGCUCUCCCAACUGGACCAAGCUGGUUAGGCUGGUCUUAUUAAUAGUUUUAGAAGGUUUGGGUCACUGCAGAACAGACGAAGACCAUCUUUGCCAGGUUAGGAGACCAGCUAAAGCCAACAUAACAACUUGUAAUACCUGUGCUAAUUGGCUAAAUAUGAGAGAUUAAUGAAUUGUCACUCUUAUUUAGCAAAUUAGCACAGACAUUAAGAACGAUACACAACGAUCAGAGCGAUAUGCCAGAGUACAAUGUCCUGCACAACAUACAUCUUUGUUGUAUUGUCAGCAGAAGAAGCUUUGAGCUUCUCAGCAGUCAUUUCUCCUGGUAUGCCCUGACUCAUGUGGUCGCCUUUGUGUGUGGUUGUUUUAAUUUGUGUCUCUUCCUUCCAUGUCCUCCUUAUCUAUGUUUUGUCUGAUGACUUUGCGGGAUUGCCACUGGCGGCCUUGAAGGAUGAGGAUGAUGCGGAAACAGGGCUGACGGAUACAGAGAAAGAGGUGGAGUCUAAGGAAGAAGAGAAACUUGGCAAAUUACAGUACUCCUUGGAUUACAAUUUCACAGAGAAUACGCUCAUAGUGGGGAUCAUCCAAGCAGCAGAGCUGCCCGCUAUGGAUAUGGGUGGCACUUCUGACCCCUAUGUGAAGGUCUACCUUCUUCCAGACAAGAAGAAGAAAUUUGAGACCAAGGUCCACCGGAAGACACUGAAUCCCGUUUUCAAUGAGCAAUUCACCUUUAAGGUUCCCUACACUGAGCUUGGAGGGAAAACUCUGGUAAUGACGGUGUAUGACUUUGACCGCUUCUCCAAACACGACGCUAUUGGAGACGUGAAGGUGCCCAUGAAUAAGGUCGACUUUAGUCAUGUGACUGAGGAGUGGAGGGACCUCCUGAGCGCUGAGAAAGAAGAGCAAGAGAAGCUGGGUGACAUCUGUUUCUCUCUGCGGUAUGUGCCCACUGCUGGCAAACUGACCGUGGUGGUUCUGGAGGCCAAGAACCUGAAGAAGAUGGAUGUCGGUGGCCUGUCAGAUCCCUACGUCAAGAUUCACCUGAUGCAGAAUGGCAAGCGGCUGAAGAAGAAGAAGACGACAAUCAAAAAGAACACCCUUAACCCUUACUACAAUGAGUCUUUCAGUUUCGAAGUGCCAUUCGAACAAAUCCAGAAAGUUCAAGUUGUUAUAACUGUUCUGGACUAUGACAAGAUUGGCAAGAACGAUGCCAUCGGCAAAGUGUUUGUGGGUUUGAACAGCACAGGCACCGAGAUCCGUCAUUGGUCAGAUAUGCUGGCCAACCCGAGGAGACCCAUCGCUCAGUGGCACGUGCUCAAGCCGGAGGAGGAAGUGGAUGCCCUGCUAGCAGCUCAGAAAAAAUAGAGCAGCCCGUGCCGCUCUUCAUGCACCCUCACUCCUAAUUUCAUGUCUAAGAAAACCGCCUUCUUGGACCACCCCCUUGAGAUGUUGUGUUGUUACGUCGGUUUUGACCCCUCGCCCCCUUCCUUCCUUCCUUCCGUCGAUAAACUUUCUCUGUCCUUUGUUGUUUCACCUCCAUCCACGACCUUAAAAGUCCCCGACCAAAUGCCCCCUUCUUUUAAGCAAUAUGAUCUGUAUAGAUAGCGCAUGACUGGAGGAAUUUAUUGUACCACAGGUGUAUAUAUCAGUAUGCAGACGAAAAUGAUUUAUAGUUUAUGUGUUUGUAUGUUGUUACCCGUUUCCUAAUCUGUGUAUAUCUUGAUGUUUUUAAUAAGAUGUUCUAUUUUAAAUUAUGUAAAUGCUGACAUAGAAGAGCCAAUAUUAUAUAUAACAGGAUUUAAGAAUGUUACCUUAUUGCAUUCCACUAAAAUAUACGAUAUAUCUCUAUAUAAAUAUUUAAAGAAUUCCAACUUGCAAGACGCUAGUGGAGGUACACUCACUUCGUAAAGGACGGUUUGCGCUUCAUGUUUACUUUUUAAAAAAAAA